AUGAUAUCACUAGAUUAUAGCCAAUAUCCAAAUGAACCAAUACAAGAUGUACAUUCUAACAAUUCUAGCGAUUCAGCAGCAAAACUACUAAGGUCCUCAAUAACAAACAACGAUAUUACUAGCAUAACAAGUGCCAAUUUAACACCUGAUAAUAUAACAUCUUCCGUAGCUGCAAACAAUAAGGAUAACAGAAAUAAAUCGGCUUAUCAAAAUCCUUUGCAGAAUACCAAACAGAUAAACACAAACAAACGUAACUCAGUGACCUUCAAUGAUAGUGGUCAAAACCCAGUUGGUAACAUUAAUAAUAUGGCAUUUAUAGCUAAUACACAGACCACCAAAAAUAAUAAAAAUUCAUUGUCAAAUCUAAACAGUAAUAACAUUGGAAAAAGUUUUGAAGACUACAACCAAUUCGAAAAAGACAAUGAAUUAAGCUUGAAUCCAUAUAGUUUAGCGCCCAGUACCAUACCACCCUUUGCACUUGAGGCAAAUUUUAAUAAACUUCAACUUAAAAACCCACAAAGGAUAUCGGAUGCCGAUAUGUUGAAUAGAAUAGAUCCAAGAAUAAAGCUCAAAGACCCAUUUUUAGUCUCAAAUAAUAAUAAUGCCUGGGUUGUUUUCACUUCUAAAAUAGGUUCCAAUACUUCUUAUUCCUAUGAUAAGAAAGUUCAUUAUAAGAAAGGCGCAAAGUCAUUUGACACUUAUAAAAUAGAUAAAAAUAGGAAAAGCAACAAUGGCGUAGAACAUAAAAACAACAGCAGCAGCGGUUUUUCCGUAUCAAGAAAAUCAACGAGGGUUGCACCAACGUCGCAACCAUCAUCAUCAUCCUUAUCUUAUUCUUCAUUGUCAAAAGGCUCGUCGUCUUCUAAUGAAUGUAAUUUGGAGAAACUAGCGUCCGAAGUUUUUGUAGACUUGGAAGGUGAAUGGGGCGGUAAGAAAAGAUUAGAAGCAGUUUUAAAUGGCCCUGAUCUAGCCACACAUCAAUUUAAAAAUGAUAAAGAAAGGAGACAGUGGAAUAGUUAUGCUCAUCAAAUAAGGGAUUUAUAUUAUUCUAAUGACAAAAAGAAAAGAUCUAGUCAAAGGUUCUCCGUGGGAAAUAAAGAAAAACUACAAGAAUAUUUAAACAGACAAUUUUCGGAAAGGAAUGGUGGACGUCCGAUCUUCAAUUUUAGAAAAAAAAGAAAACUAAGACCCUAUCUAAAGAGAUUGCUUUUUGAUAACCGUUAUUUCUUGUUAAGUUUAAGACUAUCGAUUGGAGUUUUUUGUGUUGUAUCACUAGCUUUGGCUGUUAGGAUCUUUGAUAUUUCUAGGUCAGAUAUUGAAAGUAUAGAUUUCCGUUUAACACAACAACCAAGUACUAUCAUGACUAUUUGCGUCAGUACAAUUGCAUUGGCUUAUAUUAUAUAUAUUGCAUAUGAUGAAUUUACUGGUCAACCAUUAGGUUUGCGAGAUCCCCUGGGCAAAUUAAGGCUACUUUUGCUGGAUUUAUUGUUCAUUAUAUUUUCAAGUGCAAAUUUGGCAUUAUCGUUUAAUACAAUGCUUGAUCACAGAUGGGCUUGUCAUCCUUUAACUUCGCAAGAAAUAGCUACAAAAGAUGAUUUGCCAAAGAUUGGGUUUUUAUGUAGGAAGCAAAAGGCCUUAUCCUCAUUUCUUUUCGUUGUAUUAUUUUUUUGGAUAUCUACCUUUACAUUGAGUAUUGUAAGAGUAGUGAGUAGAGUUAGUGGGCAGCCUGAUUAA